AUGAGUGAAGAAAGCGCGGAGCAAACGCUCAUCUGUGUGCCUGGGCAGGUGUUGUGCGCUGCGUCCGAAUUCACGGUAGCCGGCGAGGGCACAUACGAAAAGCUUGGCUACAUCCACGCUACUCUGGCCGGUAUAGUUCACAUGAAAAAGCGCGAGAAGAACACAUUCAUCUCAGUGCUGUCUUUCGGCGGUGGAGCCACAGUCCCGAUCAUAGGCGAUAUUGUAACUGCACGGAUUACGGCGGUGCAACACCGCAUGGUGAAAUGUCGCAUCCUGUGCAUCGGAAAAACGGCACUUAAUCGCACAUUGCGAGGAAUCAUCCGGAAAGAGGACGUUCGCGCAACGGAGGUAGACCGGGUUGAAAUGCACAAAUGCUUCCGGCCGGGUGAUAUCGUGCUGGCACGGGUGCUGCAUCAAAUCGAGCUGAAUGUGUUCCAUCUUUCCACGGCGGAUAAUGAGCUGGGCGUUGUGGUGGCCUUAUCACCGAGUUCGCGAGCUACCUGGGGUGCAGAACCGAUUCCGAUGGUUCCUAUCUGUUGGACGGAAGUGCAGUGUCCUGUAACGCUGGUGAAAGAACCGCGCAAAGUGGCCAAAGUUUUACCAGAAAAGGGAGAAUCACUGAAAAAGAAUCUAGCGCUAUUCUGA